AUGUUAAAUAUUUCUAUAGGAGUCUCGUCUCAAUGGACACUUCCAUCUGAUGCAAUAUCAGUUAAUAUCAUCUAUCAUUUUUAUAGUUCAGCUUUACCAGAAUUAAUUCAAUUAGUUAAUGGAACUGUUUCAGCAAUUGUAAUAACAUCAGUUAGUAGUGGCAUUGAUCAAAAACCAUUAACAAUAUCAUCGAUCGUACAUGUGCGAUUACUGGCUGAAAGUGUACCUUUUUCAUCAAUUAAUUUUAAAUUUGCAUGUCGAAGUUAUCGAGUAUCAUCAUUGUUUAAAAACACAAAUUACUACUUUUAA